UGCUGAUUUUAAGUUUACUAUUGUGCGUUUUCUGUUUUAUCCUAAUUAAUAACAAAAUAAUAAACAAUUCCUGUAUAUCAUUUAAAGUUUUAAGGGUUUGCUACAUAAUUUUAAAUUACAAGACUUCUUGAUGUUUUGUGUUUUAUAUCUAUGGUUAAUAACUGUCAGUGUUAGCGAGUUUGGUGUUCUGUCUGUGCUGUGCCAAGUAAAUGUUUUUUUAAUCGUAUAAAAAUCCAAUAUGAACCCAAUAAAUUGAAGACUAUGUUGGAUGCAAAUGACCGAGAAGUUAACAAGAGACGUAAUAAAAAAUAGUACAAGUAUUAUGUAGAUAAUUUGCACUGCCGGUACAAUUACUGAUUCACGUUGAUAUUAACUUAACCUAAUAAUUCGUUUGGCUUGGAAUUUUUAUUAAUAAAAAGCAAAGACGAUGGAAAUUGGGACGUCCGAUGAUACUUUGUACUUUACCUGUUUAGAAGAUAAACAAGCUUUUCUUUUGCACAACAGUUCAGUGGAUAUUUGUGAAGAAACUCCUCACCUAAAUAUAGAACCUAUGUUUACCGAAAUAUUUUUUAGUGAAAACUAUACCCCUGAAAAUGCAGUUUCAGAGGAAUCAUCUUUUAGUGUGACAAAUUCAGGGAAUUCUAUACAUGAUCUGUCCACCGAAAAUGUUAAUAAUGGUGGAUCAGUUAGUAAUUCCAUACGUUCUCAAGAAAAUAAUGGUUUAUAUCCAGUAGAGGUUGCAGAGAAAGGCUUUGUGGCAACGGACUUGUUUACACCAACUGAUUUACUGCUCCAACUUAAUCUACAGUGUGAAAGCACAACUUCUAACCAUCUUACUCAUCAAAAUAAUCCUAGGGAGCAAGAUAUAAAUAAUGUUCAGACAAUACUAUAUAGUGAAGAUUUAACACUUGAUGAAGAUCAUAGUCAAGAUAAAAAAAAUUCAAAUGAAAAUAGCAACCUAAACAUUAAAAAACCUAAUGAUGUUUCUUUCAAAAAUACAACGAACCCCAAUCUAGAUAUGCAUGAGUUGAAUUCAAACACUGAUCAAACUUCUAACCAGAUAAUUCACUUGUUAAAUACAGAUGGUUCAGUUAUAAGCAUUAAUAAAUCCUUAUUGUCACCGAGUGUUUUUCAAAAUAAGCCAAUGUAUCGAAAAGAAACAUUGCAAGAAUUCUAUGAACUUGUAUCAGCAUUUAAAUGCAAAGAAUGUGGGUUUCUAUGUGAAAAGGAUGAAGAAAUAAUUAAACACAUCAAUGAAGUUCAUCCUAAAACUAUAGAAACAAAGGACACUCCCAGUGAUUCUCUAUUAUCAGUAACCAAUAAUAAAGUAGAAAAAAAAAUUCCCAAAUCAACUGAGAAAAAUAUGGCAGAGUUAGACAAAGGCCCUUUGCAGAAAUUACUGAAUAAAGAUAUUAAAAUGGUAUCUAUUUUAAAUAAGAAAAAUAAUUCCCAUAACAUCAAAAAGACAUUAUUCUUGUGUAGUCAGUGUAAUAUAGGCUAUACCAAGAAGGAAACGCUAAAAUCUCAUAUGAUAAGGGCUCAUCCUAUAAUAAAAACAGUGCCAAAACAACCUAAACAAGAAUACAUAGAAACUGCAAAUGUUAUGGAAAUGAAAGUUAAAGAAGAGGAAAAAAUUAUUCAGAAUAAAUUGAAAUCAACUGCUAAUUUGAUAAAAAAACAUCAGAAAGCUUCCAAAAAGAUAAAAUGUUCUAUAAAAGGCUGUGAAUUACGUUUUGCCAGAGAAGAUACGCGAAAAAGACAUGAAAGUUGUCACAUUGAUGGUCACAAAAAACAGUUUGCAUGUACAGAAUGUGGAGUAAAGUUUUCAAUUUGGAGAAUUUGCUCUACACACUUGUGGAAAUGUCACAAAAUUGACAUGGACUUAUUGACUUGUCCCAUGUGUAAUGAUUUUAAAGCAAACUCCUGUUUUCGUCUUAUAUCUCACAUGUCUAUUCAUAACGAGGAAAAGCCUUUUCUGUGCAACAUAUGUGGCAAGGCAUUCAAAACUAUCUCACAGUUGCGAACCCAUCAAGUUAUUCACAAGGAAGUGCCCCCAGGAUGGUUGGCUCAACAGCAAUGCACCAUUUGCCAAAAGUUUUUUGCCAACUCAAAAAGUCUUAAGAAACAUAUACAGUGUGUUCAUAACAAGUAUAAACCUUUUAUAUGUAACGUUUGCGGCCACAAAUCGGCACGCAAAGCUAUGUUGGAGCUUCAUCUGAGACAGCAUACUGGUGAGAAGCCUCAUAAGUGUUUGGUCUGUGAAUACAAGACAGGGGAUCACAAUUCCCUUCGCAGACAUAUGAUGCGUCACAGUGGCGACAUGAAGUAUGCGUGUCCGCACUGCGACUACCAAUCCAUACAGAGUGCCGCAUAUAAAAAACAUUUAGCUAAUAAACAUCCAGGACAAGGGGGUUCGUACUUUUGUGAACUGUGUUCAUAUCAUACAGUUAAUGAGAACACCUACGCUUCACACCUGAUGGAUCAUGUAAAGGGAUUAAUACCAAGCAAUAUUCGGGGUGAAGUGAAGAAUAACUCGAUUAACAGCACAGAAACAAAUACAAUAACGGAAAAGAGUUUUGUUGCAGAGCCCAAGAAGAAAAAUGAAGUUGAAGAUGACGAAACCCAGAACUGUUUCUUAUCUUUAGAUAAUAGUGAUGAAACUGUUGAUACAGGUGGAAUCACCAUUCCAGAAAGUUUAGAUUUGUGAAGUUAUUCAAAAGAGUUUGUUAAAAAGUGAAUGAAUAAUUAAUGUUAAAAGUUAAAAGAACUGAAUUGUAAGUACGUACUUUGAUGCAUUUAAUUGUAGGACAAUUUGAUUUAAAUUCCUUCAGAAUUAAUGACAGGUAAAUUGAUUGUCUGUUUUACUUCAUAUUGAAGUUUAUUACUCUCAUCUGUACUGCUGAUUAAAAUAAUUCAUUAAUACUGUGAUAAUUAAUUUUGUAGCACUCUUGUAAGG